GUGCCGUUAAGUUCUCGAACGCGCAGAGUUGUCAAAAGUUGUCGACGAAGUUGUCCACGCGACGCAGGCAGCAACAAAAUAAUUGGCUUAAUAACAGUUGAAAUUUCGGUGUGUGUUUGCAAUACAAACAAGGAUAAGGGACACACACUCGCAAGCGCAGUUAGCAAAGCAAAAAGCAGAGUAAACAAAAAAAAACAAACUUAAUUUUAACGGCAACUCCAAAGUGAAAUAAGGUGCGGCACUGCAACUGCCACAGAAAAGACUGAAUUAUUUCUAAGGGGAAGCAGCCCCUACCAAAAGGAAUACAAACGAAGGACCAAUUUGAAUCUGUCAACGACAGUGAGGACAUGUUUUAGACGCAUCAUAGCGAUAAACUCAAGGCACACCGCAACGCAAUGUUUCUGCCAGUCAAAUCGAAUCACACCGCCGAGGCGAGUGGCAACAAUGAGGAUGUUACCACCACCAGCAACAAUUCAACACAAACACCCAGCGAUCUGAGCCCACCGGGACCAAAUGAGGAGGUACUGCCCCAAGCUCAUCAUCAAAAUCCAGGACACUGUAUUGCCUCCUUUGCCGCCAUCAAUCAGAUGCGCAAUAAUGCACAGCUGUGCGAUGUGCGCCUGGAGGUGGGUGGAGACACCAUUAAUGCACACCGUGUCGUGUUGGCCUCCGUCUCGCCUUAUUUCUAUGCCAUGUUCAAUGAUGAUAUGCUCGAGCGUACCCAGGGUCUGGUGCGACUGCAUGAUGUGGACAGCUCGGCGCUGCGCCAACUGAUUGACUACACGUAUUCGGGCGAGAUAACCAUAACGGAGCAGAAUGUCCAGGUGCUGUUGCCGGCAUCGGGACUGCUGCAGAUGCACUCGGUGCGGGAUGCGUGCUGUAAGUUUCUGCUGCGGCAGCUGCAUCCGUCCAACUGCCUGGGCAUACGCAGCUUUGCGGAUGCGCACUCCUGCAAGGAACUCCACACGCGCUCCCACAAGUAUGCGCUGCAGAAUUUCCAGCAAGUGGUGGGCACCGAGGAGUUCCUGCUGCUGCCCUUCGAGGAGGUCAAGGAGCUGAUAUCGAAUACCCAGCUGAACAUUUGCUCCGAGGAGAAGGUAUUUCUGGGCGUUAUCAGUUGGGUAAAGCACGAUCUCAGCAAGCGUCGCCUGCAUAUUGCCGAGCUGAUGUCACACGUGCGCCUGCCGCUGGUUAAUCGUGAUUUCCUGAUGAGCUGCGUCGAAGCUGAGACGCUGAUGCGCGAUGACUCCGAGUGCAAGGAGCUGCUGCUCGAGGCGAUGAAGUAUCAUCUGUUGCCGGAGCAGCGCAGCUUGAUGGGCAGCCAGCGCACCCAGGAACGCCGGCCGGAGGGCAUGAAGCCCUACAUUUUUGCUGUCGGCGGCGGCAGUCUCUUUGCCAUCCACAACGAGUGCGAGGUGUAUAAUCCACGAUGCAACAGCUGGUCACCGGUGGCUCCGAUGCUCUGGCGUCGCUCACGCUCCGGCGUGACAUCAUUGCACAAGCAGCUGUAUGUGGUGGGUGGCUAUGAUGGCGUCAGUGAUCUGGCCACAGCGGAGUGCUAUAAUCCGUUGACCAACAAGUGGACCAACAUCACACCGAUGGGCACCAAGCGCAGCUGCCUGGGCAUCUGUGCCUAUGAUGGUCUGAUCUUUGUCUGUGGCGGCUACGAUGGCGCCUCCUGUCUGAGCAGCAUGGAACGCUACGAUCCGCUGACGGGCAUCUGGAGCUCCUGUCCGGCGAUGAGCACUCGCCGCCGUUAUUGUCGUCUCGCCGUGCUCGAGAAUCAAAUCUAUAGCUUGGGAGGCUUUGAUUCCACCAACUAUCAGUCGAGUGUGGAGCGCUUUGAUCCUCGUGUGGGUCGCUGGCAGCCAGUGCCCAGCAUGACAGCGAGGCGCAGCAGCUGCGGUGUCGCCUCCACCGAUGGACAUCUCUAUUGCAUUGGCGGCAACGAUGGCACCAUGUGCAUGUCCAGCGGUGAACGUUUCAACUUGCGUCGCAACUGCUGGGAGCCCAUUGCGGCAAUGCAUUCGCGCAGAUCCACACACGAGGUGGUGGAUGUGGAGGGCGUGCUCUUUGCCUUGGGGGGCAACGAUGGCAGCUCCUCUUUAAACUCCGUGGAACGCUAUGAUCCACGUUUGAAUAAAUGGAGCGUGGUGAAUGCGAUGGUGGCUCGACGCAGCUCAGUGGGAGCUGCGAUGCUGGAGUGCUUCCAUUUGGAGCGUGGACUGGUGCAGACGACGAACUUAUGACCCCCAUUGGGCAGCAUCAGCGAAUCCUUCGCCGCUGCCACAGCGAACGGCGCUAACAGCAUCAACAGCAGCAGCAGCAUCAACAUCAACAACAACAGCAGCAGUA